AUGUUCUAUCCAUUCAAUAGUCGUCGUUGGUCCCAAGACAUUCAACUUCCAUGUCAAUACGCAUAUCUUAAUUCUUACAUGUUUCAAGUAUAUGUUGACGAUGAAAAGUGCUUGAAAGUUAUUUAUUACAAAUCAGAACAAAAGAACAAGUGGAUAAGUGAAGGCGAUGUAUCUAGCCAUAGACUAGAAAAUCUUGAAUGUCCAAAAGUUUUUGGUAUUUCUGUCGUUACGGAUACAAACUUGGGAGUUCUGGCCGUCUUUGCCCUAGUAUGUGACUCGUCGAAUACUAAAUUCUGUCUAUAUCGUCUUGGAUACAAUCCUUUUCAUUGGGAAAUCACGUUGCAGAAUGAGACGCAUGGGGGCGUGUUACAUGAUGCAAUCAUUAUGGAUGGGCCGACCGUUUCUUUCGUUUACUACGAUUCUGCAAUUUCAUCUUCUAUGAUUUAUGACCUAUUUGAUGAGAAUAACUACUUUGCUAUACUUUGGUUUCCUUGUGGAGAUUAUAUAUUGACAAAGUCGAUUUGUGCACAUUCAGUACACGGAGUCUGGACAAGCCAACAAUCUCUUGUGGAUGGCGACAUUAAUUGUGAUUCUCACCACAAGGGUAUCUACUUGGUUUAUUGCCCAUUGAAUGAUUCCUGCGUAAAAACCGUAUCUUUUAUCGACGACGUAUCUGCAGAGGAUGUAAUGCAUCUAAGUAAGAUUCCCGGGACUUAUUCGAGGAAUGCAACACAUAUAGUGGUUUCUCUUGGAUUAGAAGGAAUGGAUACCUUGAUCUGGAUUGCAUCAACACGCGGUCAGGUCAUAUGCUUGCGGCUUGCUACAAGAAAUCAAAGCUCUCAGAAUGUUGUUCAUACUCUUUGGUGUAGUGAUUUUCCUACUAUGCCAAUAUGGCUGAAAGAAGUGCAAUUAACAAAUGCCGGUGGAGCAAGCGUAUCCGCAUUAAUAAUUAAAUUGGCGGAUGGCAAAUACGCAUUAAUGGAUUCGGAAAGUGGUGAGCGACAGAAAGGGUUUCUUGAGAAUGUACAAUUAGCUGUUACAUCUAAAUCUUCUGGAUACGAUGAAAUCGUUAUCAUGUCAACGUCCCACGUAAACAGUCUAUAUCCGUCAACAUGGACAUCAAUAUCAUCUAUAAACGAAUUUAUUGACAAUAAGGCUAUAGCUGUCUCUGAAACAGAAGUUGAGGAAACCGAUAUUGCCCACUUGAGAUCUGUCUUGGAUUCCCUUAAGACUCGAGUAUACGAGGGGGAAGCGAAAAUCAGAAGAUUACAGCUUAUGGUUCAAAGAAAAAUAGAUAUUAUAUUGACGUGUGAAGAAAUCUUGGCAUCUAUGACUUCCUUCUUUGUACAGAAUUACUCGCAGAAAUUACAAGUUCGAAGGGAAGGGUCGAAAUAUUCAAGUCACGUUCAACUUGGAUUAUUCCCCUUAAUAUCAACCAAUAAAGCUUACGAUAUCACUAUGCAGACAGAAUCGUGCCAGACCCAAUCCAACUACGUCGCAGAUCCAUUGAUUGAAGUUAUUGAAGCCAAGGUAUCAUCGUCAGAAACAAUGAUAGCAGGACAGCUCGUUUUUGAAACAACAGUUAGAAAUUCUAGCAGCAAAGAUAUAUCCUCUCUCUAUUUGAUCCCACAUAUAAGUUAUGUUGGAAUAAUGCUCACGUCGAUUGUUAAAUCACGAUCACUCAGCAUCUUGUCUUUGGCGCCGGGCGAGGUGGUAACCUUGUCAUCAGUAAUUGAUUUAUCACUGGAUGCCAUAGUCAGCAAUUGUGACUUUGGACUGGGAAUCUUGUUUAGGAGUAUUGGGGAUCUGAGUAGUGAGCAGCACUGGAAAUGGAUCUUGGUUGAAGAUUUAAAGUUUACCACGGCUUCGCUUUGCCACAAUGAACAAAGAUACCCGGCCGUGCUCAACGUCGAUAUUUGCACAGUGAAAAACUCUAAACAUAACGAAAUGAGUUUGUCCAUUUUGCCUUAUUUGUUUGAACAGAGUUUCAAUAUUUACGAAUCUUUGACACUACAUGCAAACGAACAAUGUUAUAAAUCAGCAGAUGAUUCGUGUCAUCUAACACUCUCCCGGUCAAGCACACGCGGAACUGACCAGCUUGAUUUCCAAGCAGCUACUCCAACUCUAACCAUUCAUGGUCGUAACGAUGAACAGGAUACCAAACAACCCGUAAAACUUGCCAAAGUUAUUAAAGUCCUUGGCCGAACUGGCUCUCGAGGUGGUGUCACUCAAGUCCGCGUCGAAUUUAUGGACGAUACAACCCGUUCUAUUAUCCGCAACGUAAAAGGUCCAGUCCGUGAAAAUGACAUACUAUGUCUACUGGAAUCGGAACGAGAAGCGAGAAGACUUCGUUGA